AUGUUGCGCUUUCACAUCUCACUCCCUACCCUAUUGUUACUUGCUCGCUUCCUUCUCCCAACGAUCCAUGCGAUACCACAUCCUGUACCUGAGCCCUCCUUUCUUGAUGAUAUACUCAAUGUCGUGACUGGCGACAGCGAUCCAUCUGUCCUUCUCAACGAUUUAGAGGAUGCCACGGACGACGUCAAGAAUAUGGCCAAAGGCGCGUGGGAUACGAAGGUAGACGGCUGCCUAGCCGUACAAUGUGCAGCGGUUAUUAGUCCCGCGGUGCUCGCCUGUGUCGUGUCACUGAUCAGGGAGAAUCCACUCGGCUGCUUUGAGGAAAUUAUCUCUGCAGCUAAAGAUAUCGCGGUUGACAGUCAAUGUAAAGGGUGCCCCGAGGCAGUCGAAAAUUUCGUCAAUUCGUCAGACAAUUGA